ACGUUUCGACAGCGCUUGAGUUUUGAUCCUCCCGGCCCUCCGUGCGGAGCAGGCUCUACCAAAGACCAAGGGGGAAGGCGCGACUUGACACAAACUCAAUGCCCGCCCGGGUGUUCAACCGGGGGCGCCGCCACCUUCUGCACCAUGAUGGCCGCAUCAUGCGCUAUUUUCUACUCAGGCCGGAAACUUUGUUUCUGCUGUGCAUCAGCCUGGCUCUGUGGAGUUAUUUCUUUCACACGGACGAGGUGAAGACCAUAGUGAAAUCCAGCCAGAAUGCGGUGAAAAUGAUGAAAGGGAAAGUGGUGGAAAUAAUCCAGAACGAUCGUUUCGGGGGACUGGACGUGCUGGAAGCGGAGUUUUCCAAAACCUGGGAGUUCAAGAGCAACAACGUGGCCGUUUAUUCCAUCCAAGGCAGGCGGGAUCACAUGGAGGAUCGAUUCGAAGUCCUCACCGACCUGGUCAACAAAAGUCACCCUUCCAUUUUCGGGAUCUUUGAUGGCCACGGAGGAGAGUCUGCUGCAGAAUAUGUGAAGAUACACUUGCCUGAGGCCCUGAAGCAACAUUUGCAAGACUACGAGAAAGAUAAGGAGAAUAGUGUGUUGUCCCACCAAACAAUUCUGGAGCAGCAGAUUCUUGCAAUUGACCGCAAAGUGCUUGAGAGGCUUUCUGCAGCCUAUGAUGAGGCAGGCACAACUUGUCUGGUUGCACUGCUCUCUGAUAAAGAGCUAACGGUUGCAAAUGUGGGGGAUUCUCGUGGAGUCCUGUGCGAUAAAGAUGGAAACGCCGUACCUCUCUCACACGACCACAAACCUUAUCAGUUGAAGGAAAGAAAGAGGAUAAAACGAGCAGGUGGGUUCAUAAGCUUCAACGGUUCAUGGAGGGUGCAAGGAAUCUUGGCUAUGUCUCGCUCGCUUGGAGAUUAUCCUCUUAAAAAUCUCAACGUUGUGAUUUCUGACCCUGACGUCUUGUCCUUUGACCUGGACAAACUGCAGCCACAAUUCAUGAUCCUGGCUUCGGAUGGCCUCUGGGAUGCUUUCAGCAAUGAAGAAGCAGUGAGAUUCAUUAAAGAACGCCUUGAUGAGCCACACUUUGGUGCUAAGAGCAUUGUCCUGCAGUCUUUCUACAGGGGGUGCCCCGACAACAUAACCGUGAUGGUGGUGAAAUUCAGGAACAACAAUAAGACCGAAGACCAAUGAACGACUGAGUAAAAUGAGGACAAGGUUCUUGAAAUAAUGCCGUGCAAAUGUUAAAAAUGUGUGUGAUAGUCAUUGUAAUGGUCAUGAUAUUUCCAUCUGAAUGGUCAAUGCUAGACAGCUUGUAGAAACGGAUAAACCAAGUUAGCUGCACAUUCAUUUUAACCCGUUGAGGUCAACAAUAACAAAAGAAAACCGCCCUUUUUAUCUAUGAUCAUUUUCAAGUCUCUUAUAAUAUUUCUAAUCUAAAUAAUACAAAC